ACCCACAGCUCUCGCUCGGACCAUCAUCAUCGCAGGGUCUAUAACCGUCGCCAUGUCCUUCUUCGCCCGCGCGUCCCGCCUAACCUUGUUGUCCGCGCCUGGACAGGCGAUAUACUCGCAGCUACCGACGUCUCGGGCGUUCACCCAUUCUGCGAUCCGGAGGACGACGCAGACCCCCUCCCAGCCAUUCGGUGCACUUCCGCCGAUUUAUCAGGAGUUGCUGCACGCGAAGAAGCGCAAGGGCCUGAGCUAUGAGGCGAUAGGCAAAGCGAUAGGCAAAGACGAAGUGUGGACUGCAGCAGCCUUUAUGGGUCAGGCUAGGUUCGAGAAGGCCGAACUUGAUAAACUCGCCGCGCUCCUAGAGCUGCCUGCCUCCGCGGACAUACAAUCCAUCGGUGAAGCAUGGUGGCCGCAGCGCGGUCUCGGCCCCAUGCCGCCGUCGGAUCCUGUCAUCUACCGUUUGUACGAGGGCGUGAUGGUUUAUGGUCAACCUAUCAAGGCUGUCAUUCACGAGAAGUUUGGUGACGGCAUAAUGUCGCUGAUUGACUGUCGUGUGACCGUCGACAAGAAACCUGACCCGAAGGGCGAUCGAGUAUUACUGACAUUUGACGGGAAGUUUCUCCCUUACCUCAAGUGGUAGAUUCCAGCAAUACGUACUCCAGGUCGGUAUAUACAUAGCUCACGUCGAUAUAAUGAGCAAAUGAGUACAAGUAAAAUAUACCUGUAUGAUCUUCCC